AUCAAAGAUCUCAAGGUCUAAGACAAAAUAUCGUGCGAUCCUUCCGUGUCCCUUCCCCCCACCCUCUUCGAAAUUCAGACUCGUCAGAGUCGUCGCUGCGAAGACAUCAAAUCACCACAGAGUUUCAAGAGAUGUGUGGAAACAACCAAGCAGUUCCGGUGUGUACGAAGGCUGAUACCAUAGCAGCGCACCACGCAACAGCUUUACAGUCCAGAGCUAUACUCGCCGACCGCAAUCCGCAAUCCUACUACGACUGUCACCCCCCAGCUGUAUCGAUCGCCAGUAUGCAGAAGCCUACCAUAAGAAGAGCUCGUUCUCUUGAGGAGCCUACCAACCUUGUGAAAGACGGCUUCAAGAUGGCCAGCUCGAUUCUCGCCGUGAUCUUCGUACCCGUCUUCGUCACCCUCUCCAUCGGAGCGGUUCUGUAUCCUGGCUUCUGGUACUUUAACAAUUCUCUUAAGAGGCUUGGUUUUAAGAUCGACAACCGCGAUGGACAUGUCAUGUGUUUGUACAUUAGUACCGGACUGGCGCUGAUAUUUGGGGGAUUUUUGGUGCCAAUCUACUGGAAGCUUGACCACAUACCUGGCUUCCUAGAGCUGGAAGGCGCCAUUUUGCGGACUGUCAUUGCUUGGAACAUUGUUUUUGCAGUCGUUUUUGGAUUGGCUAGAGGGGUGAUUGAGUUGGUGUUUCAGGUGCGAAUGAAGGAGCAAGAGGAGGUUUAGUCCUCUGGUAUCUCAUCAUAGAUGUCCGUGAUCUUCCUGCCACUACUUGUAUAAUUUCGACAUUUCGGGGCGAUGGAUCGCACUUCCAACCUGUGUACACUCCUCUGCCGCUGCUUAGGUGGGCGCCGUGAAUUUAUAAGCUGUUCAGAAGCUGAAUUUGCAUCUGGUUCGGAGCUCUAAAACUACCACGAAGCGCCCCAAUGAGUGGCGGGAAAGUGCGUGGAUGUUUGACGGUGGAACCGCUUGCUUCUACGACCUAGCCGAAACAUGGUUACUCGACGUCGACCACGGGUCGUUGGUCAUAUGAGGCGAAGUAUAUGAGCUGAAUACGUAAGAU